AUGGCAACAAGCGGUUCGUCGCAAAUCGGGGGCAUGGACGCUAAGUGGGAAAGAUUAAGAACGGAACGUAGGGAACUUGAGCAAAUGCGAGUCGCGUUUGAAGCAGAAAGAAAUCGGGAUCAGCGGCGGAUUAAUCGAGACGAGGCCGGACAAGGCCAAACAGAUGAACACAACGUGGUAGAGCAAGUAGCAGCGGUUAUGAAUACAAAUUCCAUUGCGCAAUCGUUAGGCAAUUUGGACGUUGUCAGAAAAGAAAAAACAUGGGAGAACAGAGCUAAUAAUCCUCACUUCGAAAACAAACAUAACGCUCCGAGAAUAAACGGAAUGAGGAUACAGGGGGGAGGACAACAGAAUCAAGGCAGAAGGAAUUGGAAUAAUAAUCAAAAUAAUAGCAGAAAUAAUCGAAGACGAAACUACGGAAAUUAUCGUGGUUAUUACAACUCAAAUGAGAAUUUUGACCAAGCCAGAUCAGAUUUCCGAAUGCCAGAUACUCGUUUUCCUCCUCCUCAAGAAACGAAGAAUAACGGAUUCUCCAACCCUAACGGAAAUAACAACGGGAGACCUAACGAAAAUAAUUUAAACUAA